GGUUUUCUCUGUUAUAUCGCCUCUCCUGUGUAGGGCACAUGGAGUAAAAUCGCAAACCUUUAGUGGCCAGAACCAGCAGAGGAGAAAGAAAAGGGGAAAAAUUCGGACAGAGUGGCAAUGGAUGAAGAAGAACACGAGGUGUACGGAGGCGAAAUCCCCGACAUGGAAGGUGAUGUAGACGGUCACAACGCUGACGUCGACAUGUCGGCUGCCGAUGAGGACGCCGUCAAGGAGUUGGAUGAGAUGAAGAAGCGGUUGAAGGAGAUGGAAGAGGAAGCUGCAGCUCUUCGCGAGAUGCAGGCCAAGGUUGAGAAAGAGAUGGGUGCCGUUUCAGAUCCUGCUAGUGCAGCUGCUAAUCAAGCGAACAGGGAAGAAACGGAUUCACGAUCAGUGUUUGUUGGCAAUGUGAGAAACAUGAUACUUCUCUCUUCUUAUGCAUUACCUUUUCUAGAAAUAAUAGAUGCCCAGUUUGUGUUAUUUUCUGCUCUUUCGGAGUUAUUUGAUGUGGUAUCGUCUCACACCAGUAAUAUUUUUGGCUCUAUAUAUUUUGAUUUCUGCAGAAUAUUUAGAUUUUUGGGUGUAUCUGUACUAUUUAUCUUGUAGAAUUUUGUCUUACUUUAAUGUUUGACUUGGGGAAUGACUUAACAGAAUUUCUAAGCUUUUUUGUAACACUUUCAUGA